AAGAAACCUUGAACUCUUUUUUUUUUUUUUUUUUUGGUUCUUUUUUUCGGAGCUGGGGACCGAACCCAGGGCCUUGCGCUUCCUAGGUAAGCGCUCUACCACUGAGCCAAAUCCCCAGCCCGAAACCUUGAACUCUUAAUGGUCUAUCCCCAACACCUACUCCCACCAGUCACUCACAUACACCAUGUCUCUAGUGUGUGCCUGUUGUGGUGUUUUGUAUAAGUGGAGCUGUGUGCUGUUUUGUCUGGCUGCUCACUCAGUGUCAUCCACACUCUGGUGUGUAUUAGUGUUCCCUUCCUUUUUACAAUCCACUAAUUCUCCAUUCUGAGGUUAUACCUUGGUUUUGCUUAUACUUCAGCAACAGCAGAUGGCAUUUAGGAUGCUUUGGUUUUGUGAAAAAUAGUCCAUGGAUACUAGUGCAUGUUUAUAUAAACACAUAUUUAAUUAAUUAUUGAGACAAGGUCUGUCUCUGUAGCCUGGCAGUCCUAGAACUUAAACCCACAGAGAUCUGCCUGCCCCUGCCUCCCCAGUGCUGGGACUAACGGUGUGCCCUACUACACCCAGCUACAAUGAACACGUUUAUUCUCAGUCCCUGGCCUGUCUAUGUAAAAGUAAAGGACUGGGCUGUAGAAUGAUCUGUUUACGCUCGUCCAUUCCCGCAGCGUAGGAAGGUCUCCUGCUCCCCAUGCCUGCCUCUGUGUCUGCCAGCAGCUCCUCUUUCAUUCUGAGACGUGGGUCUCGCCAUGUUUGCUACUGUGCCUCCCACCCCACGGAGUGCCUGGUGCCUUUUGAAUUGAAAUGUAGUGCUGUUGGCCACUUCUGGUUUUUGUCUUAACCAUAUAAUAUUUUAUUUUGGAAAGUAUUUUAACAUUAAUUGAGAUAAGACUGAUUCCUUUUUAAAAGUUGCUGAUUUCCAAGUUGUAUUUAUGUAUAUGUGACUGUGUUUCUGUGUGUGCACCAUGUGAUACAGAGACCAGAAGAGAGGCAUUAGGUCAUCAAGAACUGGAGUUACAGGCUGGUUUACAGGUUGUAAACCAGCUGAUGUGGGUCCUGGGAACUAACCCAGGUCCUGUAUAAGAGCCAGCAUACUCCUAGCUACUGAGCCUGCUCUCCAGCCCCUAGUCCCCUUUGACAUAGAAGUCACAGGCCUGUGCUGGCCCUGUGCUGAGUGCUGGGGUUACAGUUGUGCUUUCUCAGACCCCACUUAUUCUUUGUUUUUGUUUUUUUUUAAACAUGUAGAGAUCAUUUUACAGCUGAAUUAAUAUGGAGCCUUGUAUAACUUUCUGUGCCUGUGUAAGUUAAGUCUACCUUUAAAGAGCUCCGCUACCCUCUUCUGCGUCCUGUGCAAUAUAUAUUUCUCUAUUAGAAAAUUUGAAGAUUCUAAUGUCAUGGUGAGAGAAGCCAUGACACUGAAGUGUUUAAAGUGACAGCAGGAAAGGGUUGAUAUUAAAACAGAAAUGUCCUCUUUGGAUAUUUGCUACACAAAGAAAUGAUAUCAAUUCCUCAAAAACAUAGAAGACAAAAUUCAUCUCAUAGUGGCUUUACAAACUUGGUUGUGAAGAGGGUUUCAGUUCCCACAGCCUUAGGCCUUUCAGGCAGUCAAGUGCUAUGGAGGAUCAAGUUCUGAGGUGCUCCACAAAGCAGCAGCCCCUUGGGUUCCUUGAGAUGAGCUCAGCAUUGGCCAUGACCUUCCACCCAGCCGGAGCCGUGGGAGGGAGAGAGCCAGGCUGUGGGACUAAGAGACUAGAUAACUAUUCAUCCCUUUGUGUUUCUCCAUUUAACUACUCAGUUCCGAGUUUUAUCUUGCAUGCUGAAAAGCAUCUUCCUUUGCUAUCACAUGCAGCUUUUGUAUUAAAAUUCUUGCCAUAGAGUUGGGGCCCAAACAUUUUAGAACUCUCAUGUUUGGGAGGCCAGGCCUACUUACCAGUUCAGGAGAAGACUGAGCUGGAGCACCCUUUGUUUUUCACUGACGGCUUCACUGCCAGUAGAUGGCGCCAGAUACUCUGUUCUAAUGUGGAGUCCUAGUUGGCAUAAGCAAUCUAUUUCUUGUCACCAGGAAAGGAAAUUGCCAUAUUUCUAAGUCUUACUCUCUGACGUUUAUGUAAUUGGGUAUUUUUGUUUGGAGUUGAAUUUAGACUUGUUGGUGCUUAACUUACUUGCUUUAUUUAUUCUCUCUGGCUUGGGUUUCAAACUCUGACCACCCUUUUUAAAAGAAAUGUGUGGCUUUUCUGUUAGAGUGAUUGUAGGGGUAGAAUUAUAAUCCUGAAAUAGGAUUGAGUUGAAACAAAUUGUUGACAGCAAAAAGGAAAGACUGAAAAGAUGUCAGAUAUUCACAGUAAACUUGGGAGGAAAUAUGAAAGUGUGAAACCCAUGAUGUUAAAAAUGGCUGAAACAAAGCAUUUUAUGAAUAUUAAGUUGGUUACUUUAUAAUGAUCACAUACAAUACUUUAUUUUUAAACUUAACAAACAGCAUACAAUUUAAAAAUAUUCCAAAUGGUUCUUUUCCCCAUUCUCAUUUCCAAGUUCCAUGCCUUCAUGAAAAACUGCCUUCAGUAUGUGUGUCAGCAUAGGGCCCUUGAUUGUAUCCCUGGACAUGCCAGGCAACAUUGCCUCUCCAUUGCAACCAAAUCUGUUGUGCGAUAUGGCUGUUUGAAUUGUGUUCUGUGGCUGUCUGUAGUUCUGUAUACCUGCCAUUUUGUUGUUGUCAUUGUUGUUGGGAUUGUUUGCUUUGUUUUUGUAUAACUGUAAGUCAGAGGAUUCCCUGGACAGUUGUGGAUGAUGACGGGUUCAGGUCUUUCUCCAAACUAAGGGGAACCAGGAAAGUUAUUUGUCUCUGAGCCUCUUUCUUCAUGUGCAAAUGUAGCUAAGGAAGACAACUCUUGGGGUUGUCCCAAGGGAUGAGAACCCUCUAGGUAGAUUACAUGACAUAUUCAUACAAAGAAAGCUAAAACUAUACUGACAACACUCAUAAGUUUUAUUUAAAAAUACCCUGCUCAUUUCAAUUUUCAGGCCCUUUAGCUUCAUUUCUGCCUUUUAAAUUGGGCAUGUUGACAUUGCAUUGUAGGUCUCAAAUAAGCUCUCAUUUCAAAAAUCGCGAUGCUCAAGGAUCUGUGUUUACAAAGUGAGCUUUCCUUUCCUGUGGGUGCUUGUGGAGCACAGUUUGUGGCCUCUGGAAGAGGCCUGCUCUGGAGUGUUUUCCUUUGGGGUGGAAGGGGCGACCUCGGGUUCAGCCUUACUCUCUAUGCACUGCGAGCGUGGUAUAGGGGAGCCGGCUGUUUUGCCCCCAACCCCUAGGGUGGGAGCUAGGUGCCACCAUCUGCUGAGGUCCCUAGCUAGGCCUGAAGUUCUCCCCAGAGACAGUGGGCAACAGGUCGGCGGCCAGUGGGCGGGCGCCCGCCCUGCCCUCCUGCCUUGUAACCAAUCAGCGGCCCAGGAGUGGGCCGCUGCUUGGGCAGAGCGGUGACGUCAUCGUAGCCGGGAGGUUUCCGAGGAUUAGGCCAAUGAGGCGCGGGCGCCGCGGCAUUCCCUGUACUGUACUUGCCCAAUACCCGCCGAGCCCAAGGGGGCCCGACUGUCGGCGUGGAGCCAAUGGGAGGCAGGCAGAAGCACGAGGCGGAGUUGCGAGUCCUUCAGCCAAUGGAGUGUAGGGGGCGGAGUCCGGGCCUUGUCAAGCCCGGCCAACCGGCAGGAGAAGCGAGCUCCUGGGGCGGGGCUGCGGGCACUUCCCCAAUCGCGACGGGCCAGGGGCGGGCCGGGCCGCGGGCGGCCCAAUGAGGCACGUCGCCGCCGCGGGCCUGUCAAGGGACGGGGCCGGGGGCGGGCGACGGCGAGUCGGGAUAAACACUCGGCGGUGGCGGCUGGGCUCCGGGCUCCGUGCUGUCCCAUCGCUGCCCCUUCUGGCUGGCCAGCGCGGCAGCUCCUCGGUGUUCCCGGCCGGCCGCCCGCGGGCACGGAGAGGCAGCCCGCCGGGUGCAGGAUGGCGACAGCCGUCGGGAUGAACAUCCAGCUGCUGCUGGAGGCGGCCGACUACCUGGAGCGGCGGGAGAGAGAAGCUGAACAUGGGUAUGCCUCCAUGUUGCCAUACAGUAGCAAGGACAGAGAUGCCUUCAAACGGAGAAACAAGCCCAAGAAGAACAGCACCAGUAGCAGAUCAACUCACAAUGAGAUGGAGAAGAACAGAAUUACAAACGGAAUCAACCUAGAAGCCCCGAGUUCUGCUUCUUACUGGCUUCCAGCACAGGCGUGCUCACCUCCGCCUGUGCCUAGAGAAGCUGAAGGGGCUGGUACCGCUGGGCCCCGAGUCAAGCCGACACACCACCCUGAGUUUGCUGACAAAAGCCAAAUUGCACAUAAAGAAACUUGAAGAUUGUGACAGGAAAGCUGUCCACCAAAUAGACCAGCUUCAGCGGGAGCAGCGGCACCUGAAGCGGCGGCUGGAGAAGCUGGGUGCUGAGAGGACUCGGAUGGACAGCGUGGGCUCUGUGGUGUCUUCAGAGCGCUCCGACUCUGACAGGG